AUGGCCUCCAGGUGGCAAGGGCGGAAGCUCUUCACCCAGCUCUCUGCCCAGUCGAGGAUUGCCACGAAGCAACAGCAGCAGCACUCGUAUCGAUUUCCCUUGCGACUCGGUGCUCGAUUCAACUCGUCCGAACCCCAAUUGACCGCUCAAAAGUCUUCGUACACACCUAACUACUUGCUCAUCUCUGCCGUCGGCCUAUCCCUUGCAGGUACCCUUGGCUACAAAAUGGUACAUGCUGCCGAUCCCCUCCCGCCAUCAUCCCCCGAGCCAGGUGCUGACCUUGCUCUACCCCAGGCUGUUCAGGAACCCGAUCAACUCGAUGGCCCUACCCUUGCCGAACGCGAUGCCCUGACCAAGAAGGAGGCGGGCGUGACCAGCGACGCCCCGAUGCGCCUGCGGAUGGAGAAGUUCAUCAAGGAGCAGCAGGACGAGAUUGUGUGGGAGCUGCAGAAGCUCGACGGCGCCAAGUUCCGAAGGGACGAGUGGAAGCGCGCCGAGGGUGGCGGCGGCAUCACCUGCGUUCUCCAGGACGGAAACAUCUUCGAGAAGGGUGGUGUCGGCGUCAGUGUUGUCUACGGCACACUCCCUAAGGCCGCUGUCGCCAAGAUGCGCGCCAACCACAAGAACAUGCACCUCGACGAGAACAUUGACGCGCUCCCCUUCUUCGCGACCGGCCUCAGCAUGGUGCUGCACCCAAAGAACCCCAUGGCGCCGACGGUCCACCUGAACUACCGAUACUUUGAGACGUCGCACCCCGACGGUACGGCUCAUGCAUGGUGGUUCGGUGGCGGCAGCGACCUGACGCCGGCGUACCUGUUCGACGAGGACGCCGUGCACUUCCACAAGACGCUCAAGGAGGCAUGUGACAACCACGACAAGGACUACUACCCUCGCUUCAAGAAAUGGUGUGACGAAUACUUCUACAACAAGCACAGGGGCGAGUGCCGCGGUGUAGGCGGCAUCUUCUUCGACGACCUCGAUGAGACGGAGAAGGACAGGGAGAACACGUUUGCUUUUGCCCAAGACUGCCUCAAGUCCUUCCUGCCCGCGUACAUGCCUAUCAUCGAGAAGAGGAAGGACAUGCCCUUCACUGAGCAGGAGAAGGAGUGGCAGCAGAUUCGCAGGGGCAAGUACGUCGAGUUCAACCUGGUCCACGAUCGCGGCACGGCGUUUGGCCUCAACACCCCGGGGUCCAGGGUGGAGAGCAUUCUCAUGAGCCUGCCACUUACGGCAUCGUGGCACUACAUGCACGAGCCCGAGCCUAAGAGUCGUGAGCAGAGGCUGGUGGAUGUGUUGAGGAACCCUAAGGAGUGGGUGUAA